UGCCGCCGCCGCCGCCGCUGCCCUUUGAUCCCUGCAUUAGUGUUAGUUAGGGGCUUGGAGACACACAGGGAGCAGCCAUCGACACCGCCGCACCAGCCCUCAUUAUUGACACGGCACAGAGCGCGCACACACACACACACACCCGCUCGCGCGGCUCUCCCAGAGAUUAGAUCCAUUUCCAUUGAGGAAUAUUGCGACCAAGGGACAAGCCAGGUGCACGACCGGGGGGGGGAGGGGGAAAAAGCCAACGAGAGGCAUCAAAAAAAAAGAAGAAAAAAAAAGAAGCAAGAGGACGAGGGGGAAAAAAAAAAGCAAAAGGAAAAAAAAAAGCCCCUGGUCGCAGGAGAAGCCGCUUCCACCUCUUCCCCCAGGAGCAGAGGACAACCACCCCCGCUGCCAGCCAGCCAGCCAGCCAGCCAGCCGGGGCCCCGCUUUGUGCCUGCGCCUGCCCCCCUGGCUGUUUGAUUUGAUCUCCCAGGCAAACCAAGGAGGAGAAUGUGAAGGAGGGAAAAAAAAGCCAGGAUAAGAAGGGGGGAAAAUGCCCAGGAGGAAGCAGGAGCAGCCCAAGCGCCUCUCAUCACAUGGUACUAGACAGGAGGAAGUGGAAGGUGAACUUAGUGAAGAAGAACGCUGGUUUGGAAACUCUUCGGAGACCCCCUCAGAAGCAUCAUAUGGAGAAGUCCAGGAAAACUUCAAGUUGUCUCUUGAGGAUAGAAUUCAAGAGCAGUCCACUUCCCCAGAUACUUCUUUGGGAAGUGCAACUCCUAGCAGCAACACGCUGGAACUGGGAGCUAUUGAGAGUGAGGCUCUAAGAGACACGUUACAGAGUAAAGAGCACCUUUCCCCUGAUGUGUCAUCUUUGGGUGAAGAUGAACCUCCUGGUCCAAAUAAGCCAUUGAGUAGUAGUAACCUGAGACGGCUGCUGGAGGCUGGUUCCCUCAAGCUGGACACUGCUGUCCCUGUCAAUGGCAGGGUUGAGUCCCCUGUAAAUCUUGGCUCAAAUCUCUCCUUCUCUCCACCUACUCAUCAUGCCCAGCAACUAAGUGUUCUUGCCAGGAAGCUCGCUGAGAAGCAGGAACAAAGUGACCAAUACACUGCAAGUAAUCGGUUUAUAUGGAAUCAAGGUAAGUGGUUGCCAAACUCAACCACUACCUGUGGUUUGUCCCCAGAUUCAGCUAUCCUGAAACUGAAAGCUGCAGCCAAUGCAGUUCUUCAGGACAAAUCACUUUCGAGGACUGAAGACACUGUAAGAUUUGAAUCCUUUUCCUCACCUUUUAGUUCUCAGUCUGCCAGCUCCACCUUAGCAGCUUUAUCAAAAAAAGUUAGUGAAAGAAACAUGACUCCUGGUCAGGACCACCCACCUCCAGCCAGUUCUUUCCUUUCCCUUGCUUCCAUGACUUCCUCAGCUGCCCUGCUCAAGGAGGUUGCUGCAAGGGCUGCAGGCACUCUUUUGGCUGAGAAGAAAAAGUCAUUGGUUUCUGAGGAUCCCCUGCAGCUUUCAGAGAUGAAGCAAGAGAAAGCAACUCCACCGCAGUCUUUGGAAUUAUUGUUACUUCCAGUCCCUAAGGGAAGAGCUUCUAAGCCCACGAACACAGCUUCAGAAGAAGAAGGAGGAAAACCUUUCCAGUGUCCAAUCUGUGGCUUGGUUAUAAAGAGGAAGAGUUACUGGAAACGACAUAUGGUGAUUCACACAGGUUUAAAGAGUCACCAGUGCCCACUCUGUCCCUUUCGCUGUGCACGCAAGGACAAUCUCAAAUCACACAUGAAGGUUCACCAACACCAGGACAGGGGAGAGACCUUCCAGUGCCAGCUAUGCCCUUUCACCUCCUCUCGCCACUUCAGCUUGAAACUCCACAUGCGUUGCCAUCAGCACUUCCUCAGGACAGAAUCCAAAGUGAAGGAGGAAAUCCCAGAAACUGAGAUCAAGGGGUCACCACAGCUAAAUAAUGACUCUUGUCCUACACAGAAGAGGGAAGGAGGAUCUGAGUUUAUAGGACCUGCUUCUGUGUCUAAAACACCUGACCUGGCUGGGCAGGCCAAUACUGGUGUCCCACCCUUAUUAGUAAAGGAAGAGCCCAAAGAUGACAAUGGCAUCUCAGCUACAUCCUUUGCUCUUAGCACUGUCGACAGAGCCACCAACAACAGAAAGCUGAAAGACUCCUCUGACUUUGUGGCCAAUACAGCCUCAGCAUUAUUCAGCCAGGACAUCUCUGUCAAGAUGGCGUCGGACUUUCUCAUGAAGCUGUCAGCUGCAAAUCAAAAAGAGCCCUUGACUCCUAAAUUUAAAGUGAAAGACGAGCCUAAGGAUGAAGAAACUGCAAGUUCAACCUUGUCUCAGUCCAGCUAUGCGUUCAGCCAGGGAUCUGAAGCCUCAGCCCCAAGCCUCCCUGAGGAGAAACUCAAGCCACAGGAAGUGCAGGCAAAUGUGUUAAGGCAGGACAUGUCAGUCAAGGCAGCGUCUGAGCUCCUUAUGAAGCUCUCAGCUGAAAGUUACAAGGAAACCCAGAUGGUAAAGAUUAAAGAAGAACCAAUGGAAGUUGACAUUCAUGAUUCCCAGGCCUCCAUUUCACCCAGUCAACCCAGCCAAAAUGUUGGUUACAGCACUUUAUUAGGGCGAGAGAUUACUGAACACAUACAAAAGGUACCAGAGGGCCGAGUGCUCCCCGAUAGAAAUCUCUUCAGCCAAGAUAUAUCAGUGAAGAUGGCAUCAGAGCUUCUCUUCCAACUGUCAGAGAAGGUGAGCAAAGAGCACAAUCACAAUAAAGAUAACACCAUUCGAACCACAACUAGCCCUUUCUUUUCUGAAGAUACAUUUAGACAAUCACCAUUCACUUCCAACUCAAAAGAUCUCCUGCCCAAUGAAACUGCUGUUCAUGGAAGGACUUCGGCACCAGAAACAGAAAAGAUAGGGCUGGAGGCAGGAAAUGGAUUACCCUCCUGGAAAUUUAAUGACCAACUCUUUCCCUGUGACGUGUGUGGAAAAGUGUUUGGCCGCCAGCAAACAUUGUCCCGACAUCUUUCACUGCACACAGAAGAGAGAAAAUACAAAUGCCAUUUGUGCCCCUAUGCUGCCAAGUGCCGUGCUAAUCUGAACCAGCAUCUGACCGUCCAUUCUGUGAAGCUGGUGAGUACAGACACUGAGGACAUUGUCAGCGCUGUCACUUCUGAAGGCAGUGACGGAAAGAAGCACCCUUAUUAUUACAGCUGUCAUGUGUGUGGCUUUGAGACAGAGAUGAAUGUCCAGUUUGUCAGUCACAUGUCCCUUCAUGUGGAUAAAGAGCAGUGGAUGUUCUCUAUUUGCUGUACAGCAUGUGAUUUUGUCACCAUGGAAGAGGCAGAUAUGAAGGCUCAUAUCAGCAGCAAGCACCCAGCUGAAGAGAGGAAGACACCCAGUGAAUCAAACAGCCCUUCUUCAUCUUCCUUGUCAGCACUUAGUGAUUCUGCCAACAGCAAAGAAGAUGCAGAUAUCGCCCAAAAAAACAAGGGUUCGAACAAUCUGGUAGUCAUUUCCUUAGUGCCUGGUAGCCAGACCUCAUUGAACAUAGAAGAGAAGUCAGAGAAAGGCUUUGAAUGUGUUUUUUGUAACUUUGUCUGCAAAACAAAGAACAUGUUUGAGCGCCAUUUGCAAAUCCACCUGAUCACACGGAUGUUCGAGUGUGACGUGUGCCAUAAGUUCAUGAAGACACCUGAGCAGUUAUUGGAGCACAAGAAAUGCCACACUGUCCCCACUGGUGGGCUCAAGUGCCCGUUCUGCAUUUACUCCACCAACCGCCCUGCAGCAAUGGAAUGCCAUCUGAAGACUCACUACAAGAUGGAGUACAAGUGUCGGAUUUGCCAGACAGUGAAAGCAAAUCAGCUGGAGCUGGAAAUGCACAUCCGGGAACAUCGCCUCGGCAACCAUUACAAGUGUGACCAGUGUGGUUAUCUGUCAAAGACCGCCAACAAGCUAAUAGAGCACGUACGUGUCCACACCGGUGAGCGCCCUUUUCACUGUGACCAGUGCAGCUACAGCUGCAAACGCAAAGACAAUCUCAACUUGCACAAGAAACUGAAGCAUGCUCCACGUCAGACUUUCAGCUGCGACGAGUGCCUGUUCAAGACUACCCACCCUUUUGUCUUCAGCCGCCAUGUGAAGAAGCACCAGAAUGGGGACUGUGCCGAAGAGGAGAAGAAGGGCCAGUAUUCAAACUCCAAGGAAGCCAGCCCUCUUCUCACAGUCAAUAGCUCCAGAAACCUCUUGUCACCCCUCUCAGUCAUGUCUGCCUCCCAGGCUCUGCAAACAGUGGCCAUGUCAGCUGCACACAGCAGCGGUGGAGAGCCAAACUUGGCAGUCAAGGCCUUGGCCAUAAAUGGCACUUCUCUGUGCUUGGAUAAAUAUUGGAAUUCUGAUUUUGCCCACCUCAUUCCCUUAACAAUGUUCUUCCCCAAGAACCACUUUGAUGUCACAUUCCAUCCACCCAGACCUCAGACUGCACCUGCAGGUGCCACCUCACCGAAACACUCCUUCCUCGCCUACCUUGGACUAACAGAAAGGGCAGAAACUGUCUGAAGACAGUUACAUUCUGUACCAAAAAUACCCCAACAAACCCAGCAGGUAUACGUUGCUGCAAAGUAUAGACCGAAGAGGUAUGAACACUUGUACUAUAUAUCAUUAGUAAGGUUUAGAAAAUGGCUCUGUGUGUAUACUUAUUGCAUUGACAUGAAAGCGGCUUUAUUAAAUCUUCAGAGAGGCAACCUACUGCAUAUUUCUACCUUCAGAGGCAUGUUCCCAGUACUCUUAUCUAAAAAACUAUUUUGUCUUGUUAAACUGAACAAGAGUGUCCUUAACGGCAAUCAGCACUUGUAAAAUUACAUGUUGAUGCAUUUUAUUUUUUGUGUGUGGGGGUGUGUGUGUGUGAGAGAGAGAGAGAGAGAGAGAGAGAGAAAAUGUGUGAGAAAGUCUGUUGUGUGCCAUGACAUUGCUUUUGCACAUCCUUUGUAUUUGGCUAAUUUAAUUAUUAAAAUGUUCCCUUUUUCCAUACUUGCCCCCUUUUCCUUCUGCCUCUUCCCAGAACUCUGUAGGGUUGUGGAGUGAGCAAUGCUUGGUUCAGUGAGGAUUGAUAUAUUAUUUCAGUGCUGCGUGCAGUUUCCCAUAGCAUGCUUCGUGCCUUGUCCUCAGAUCAUCCAUUGUAAAGAUUUGGGGAUGAAGGUGGAACAGAUCUGGAGGAAAUUACUUUCAGCACUGUAAGAUGAGAGUAUGAAAAUGAAAUGUGUGUGUAUACACACAUAGGGCCAGUUCCUUAACUGUUACACUGGUGUAACAAAGCUCAGGGUCUGGUCCAUGCAUCUUUUGUUUUAAAAGGGCAUAUAAAUAAACACACACACACACACACACACACACACUGUAUUAAUAUAGUGGAUACCUUUAGUUUGCAGGAACAACUUGCAUAACUAGAAUUCUAUGGUGGUUAAAUCCAGCAAAGGGGAUUAAAAAUGGGGGGUAUGGUAAACUCUGGGUAUAAAUGCUCAGACUAAAAAAAAAAAGGCAGUUUUGCACAGUGCUUUAGUCUUGCACUAGUUUGUUUCUCACUUGCGAAAAAAAAGAAGAAAAAUGUUUCUUCUGUGGGAUGAAGUAAUAUCAGACUAUAUAUUUGAAGAGGUACCGGCAGUUUCUUUGAAAUAUAAAGCUAUGAAAAGGUGCUGUUUAAUCAGACAGGUCUCCUUUUUUAUAUAUAUCCUCUAUUUCAAUUGUACUUGCAGAUUCCAUGGUCUUACCAAUAUUAUCCUUCAUGUUAUUUAGUAAUACUUUAUUCCCUUUUGUUAAAAGCUGAUAGAGUGUACACUGCUAGAAGGCUAACUUUAUACUUAUUUAAUGCUCUUACUUUGUGGUCAUUAAAAUGACAACUUUAUAUGUAGCACUUUAUUGCAGUAAGAAGCAAACGCGGAUUGGUUGCAGAACCUUUGUUAAUCUUGAAAUGCAAGCAACGAUCUUAAAAGAAGAAAAAGUCUUGGCGGAAUGUUAAUAGAUUUGGAUUUCUUAAGACAACGUAAUUUCUAGUGCAAAACAAGGAGAAAAGUCAUGAGUAAAAGAUGUUUUUUCUUGAAAAUGGAAGUUAUAAAAAAAAUACAAAAACCUUUAAAAUGUACUCAUCGCUUAGGGUCAUUUGACAUACAGGAAUGCUUUCAUAUUGUUUUGUUGUGUUCCAUCUUGGAAUUGGGUCGGGUUCUUUAUGUUCCAUCAGGUAUACAGAGUUCUGACUAGUUUUCCUCAGGGUGCCUCCCAACUAAGCCAUUAAGAAAGGUUGCCCAAAUUGGAAUUAUUUUGGUACCCUCACAUUAUUCCCUCCCUUGAAAGCAUUCUUUAUCUUGUAUACAUUUUAAGGGUCUUAAUUCAAAGUCCAUUGGAGUUAAUGAGUAGAGGCCUAUCAACUUCAGUGGACUGUGGACUUUGUAUCUGAUCGAUUGGUUAUGACAGUAUCAAAAUUAAGCCCUAAUUCAAGAAGGCAUGCUUAUGAAGAAAGGGACAUUAGCCAUAUUCUUCACUGUAACAUGCUUAACUUCCAUUGUGCUUAAAAUUCAGCUUGUAUGAAAGCCUUGUCCUAAAUGAUAAUUUAAAAGGACGUGAAAACUUACAACUAAGCUUAAAGGAUUUAAUACUGUUCCAAUGCACUGUUCCAGGCCAACCAUUUCCUAUUGUCAUUAGAAAACUGUCCUCUGAAGUCUUGUGAUGGAAAUACUCCCCUGUGCACCAAUGUUAAGAUACUGGAAGCUGUUUACUGUGCAGAAACACAGAGGAGAGCCUAAACUAUGAGCUGCUUGUAACGUAACAGUUUUAAAAUAACAAUGACAAGAUUUCCUAUCCAAUUAAGCUCCAGCAGAUAGGUUGUCCUAAUGAGCAUGUUGCUAUUCUAGCUGAGCUAUUAAGAAAAGUCACCUAUUCCAAAUCCUGUAGAAAUCUCUUGAUAGUUAAUGCACUCAACUCAGGGUCCUGUUUAUCAUUCUUUACCCCUUCAGAACAUCCAUCAACUUCAUCAGGAGUAUUAACAGAAUAGAAAAUGCUGGAGCUGAGCUCUCUAGUAGUAGGUCAUUCAAACUAACAACUGUUACAAGCUGAGUAACCUUUAGCAUAUGAAUUAGGCAAACAGGAGUUCAGCAGAUACAUUUGCAGGGUUUGAGCCCAUUCUAUUACGGAAAGCAUCCUUUAAACACAAAAAGAACAUUUGAGCACCAACAGAGGAACUACAGAUGUGUAGGAGAAAAGAAGCUGCAAUAUAAACCAAACUGCAAAAUAAACAGGGCUGGGACGUCCAAGAAUGUGUGUUAUGGAACUGGCAACAUAUUAAUGCCACGUGUUUAACAAAUUUUCACUCUACCUGUAUUCAAGUGACACAGUAAUGUUUAAUGGCAAUUUUGUUUAGCACUUUGGAAAGAGACAUUUAAUUCUUUCUGGUAAGUUAUACAAAUUUUCUGAGUGAGGAAAGGUGUGUUUGGAGGUUUUUAUUUUUUUAAGAAAAAUAGACAGUAUUUAUCAGAGCCCUUGCGUGUACAAUACCGGGUGAGCAGUUCAAGGCUAAAGAAAGGAAUGUUCUCUAUAGACAGCCCUUACCUAUUAAAGACUAACAGUUCUGAUAAUUCCCACCACCAUACUGCUAAUUUCAUACUUGUUUUCACUAUGCAUUCUUUAAUGAAGUUUGACUUGUUUUUUCCAUCCAAUAAUUCAUUUAAAGUUCUCAGCACUUUCUUUCUUUCUCUUUAUUUUUUUACGUGUUGUAUUAUGUUCAAAUAUCACUCUGUCAAGGUUUGUGUACAUUAAUAACAUUUGUAUUGUAUAAAGCUUUUUGCAUUAUAAGGCUGUACAGGGUCAUUUUGACAGUAACUGGUAUAUUCCUUUGCAUCUUAUGUUGCAUUGCCAAUUUCUAGUGUAUCCAGUUUGGAAGUACAAUAUACUCUAAUUAAAAAGGUUGGCUAAA